AUAACAUGACUGACACCGAGACGCACAAGAACGUCGUGAUCAUUGGGGCCUCGUUCGCGGGUCACGCGCUGGCCAACCGACUCGCGUCGGCCCUGCCGGCGCGUUACCGCGUGAUACUGGUCGAGCAGAACGAGUUUGCCGUGCACCUCCCAGCGCUGGUGCGCGCGGUCGUCGUGCCAGGCUCAGAAAACGACAAGCUCACCGGCCGCCUGUCGCAGGAUACUGUCUUCCCGAAGGCGUCGCGGCACCGGCUCGUGCGCGCCAAAGUGGUGUCCUUGCGUGCUCGCAGCAUCCUCCUCGACACCGAGUUUGAAGGCAGCGCCGAGGUGCCUUUCGAGCGCUGUGUUGUGGCUACUGGUGCCACCCAGGCCCCGCCACUGCGUCCGGCGCCAGGCUCGACGCUGGAAGAGUAUCGUGUCCUCCUGCGCAAAGUACAAUCCGACAUGGCCGCUGCUGAAUCCAUCCUCAUCGUCGGUGGCGGGGCCGUUGGCGUCGAGGUCGCAGGGGAGUUGUCCCACCAAUACCCAGGCAAGAAGGUCACCCUCGUGCACUCGCGCUCGAGGCUGCUCCUCACGUCCGACUCGGUGCCGGGCAAGCCGGGCGAGGAGGGGUUUUCUUACGCCCCGGUUCCAGAGUGGGUCGGCGAGUCGCUCGAGUCGCAGCUCCGCCAGCGCGGAGUAGACGUGGCGCUGGACGAGCGGGUUGUGUUCCCCUCGAAGAGUGCCGUCGACGAGCCGGACGGCUGGGACGGGCGCACUGGCGUUCUAGGAGGUACCCACUCCAUCCCUCUUACGUCCGGCCGGCGCAUCGACGCAGACUACAUGUUCGCGUCGCCGGGCAACCGGCCCAACUCGGCUCUCGUCGGCGCGCUCGACCCCGAGGCCACCAGCGCUGCGGGACACGUGCUCGUCGACGGCGAGUUCCGCGUUCUGAGCGACGAGGCGGCGCUGGCACGCGUCUAUGCGCUGGGCGACGUCGCGAGCCAGGCAGGGAGGAAGACGGCCGGGCUGGCGGUGUACGAGUCGUACUUUGCCUCCAUGGCCAUUGUGGCGCAUAUCAAGGCGUAUGAGGAGGGCCGGGAGGAGGCGGCCAAGGCGUACACCCCGCCCGACCUCCGCAGUAUCGUCGUGCCGCUCGGCGAUGGGACCGGCGAGGCUAUCGGCGCCGGCGUGAUAGACUUGCGCUGGUUCGGGCUGUGGGCCGCGCCGCGCUGGAUCAUCCGCUGGUUCGCGAAAGACUACUUUGUGCGCAACUUUUACACCUUGUUCAAGGGGAGUGAGGGGUGCAAGUGAAGAAGAGAGAGUUGAUGCAUCCGAUUACAACGA